GCGCGCGCGCGCACCAUUGUGUGGCUGACUCGGCCGCAGCUGCGGUGUGAGGCGCGUGUUCGGGCCUUCGCCGUCCCCGCACCCGCACCGCAGCCCUGCCCCGCGGCCCGCCGCACCCCAGCUAGCCUCCGGGAGAACACCCGCCACGGCCAUGCCGCGCGUCUACAUAGGACGCCUGAGCUACAACGUCCGCGAGAAGGACAUCCAGCGCUUUUUCAGCGGCUACGGCCGCCUCCUGGAAAUCGACCUCAAAAAUGGGUACGGCUUCGUGGAGUUCGAGGACUCCCGGGAUGCGGACGACGCCGUUUACGAGCUGAACAGCAAGGAGCUGUGCGGCGAGCGCGUGAUCGUAGAGCACGCCCGGGGCCCGCGCCGCGACCGCGAUGGCUACAGCUACGGAAGCCGCAGUGGUGGAGGUGGAUACAGCAGUCGGAGAACUUCUGGCAGAGACAAAUAUGGACCACCUGUUCGUACAGAGUACAGGCUUAUUGUAGAAAAUCUGUCUAGUCGUUGCAGUUGGCAAGACUUAAAGGAUUUCAUGCGGCAAGCAGGAGAAGUGACUUAUGCAGAUGCUCACAAAGAACGGACAAAUGAGGGUGUAAUUGAAUUUAGAUCCUACUCUGACAUGAAACGUGCUUUGGAUAAACUGGAUGGCACAGAAAUAAAUGGCAGAAAUAUUAGGCUUAUUGAAGAUAAGCCACGAACAAGCCAUAGGCGCUCUUACUCUGGAAGUAGAUCCAGAUCUCGGUCUAGAAGAAGAUCUCGGAGUAGGAGUCGAAGAAGCAGCCGCAGCAGAUCUCGAAGUAUCUCAAAAAGUCGCUCCCGGUCUAGGUCUCGGAGCAAAGGUCGAUCCCGAUCCCGCUCAAAAGGCAGGAAAUCCAGAUCAAAGAGCAAAUCUAAGCCCAAGUCUGAUCGGGGUUCCCAUUCACACUCAAGAAGCAGAUCUAAGGAUAAGUAUGGGAAGUCACGAAGUAGGUCACCGCAGCAAGCAGGUCUUACAGGGAAGAGGCAAUUAAGCCUGCACCCCCAAGGCUCCGACGGAAAGCAAAAGCUGCAGCCUGAGGCCACUGCCAUGCAGACCCCCCAGCUGGGCAUCUCAGCGCCCGCUCUGCCGGGAACAGGCCCGCCCCCCUGUGUGCGCAGGCGCGCGCCGCACCAGGCUCCCACGGUCGCUUGGUGCGGGCGGCAACCGCUAGCCAUGCAGGUAAGCACAGGGUUGUAUGAGACUGAGACGGCUGGGUGCUCCCAGGACGCCACACCUCAGUCCCGACCCGCACGGCGAGUGCUGAGGUCCCGCAGGCACCGCCCCAGGUCCUUUUCCAGCUCCUGCAGCACCGGCUGUGGGCUGGGGAGGUGGCUCCGCAGACUCUGGGCCGUGGCUUGCAGGUGGGGGCUGCUGGCUGCCGGCGAACCCACUGGCACUAUCUGCAUCCAGAGCGACGGGGAGGGUAGAGCCUCGGCCUUGCAGAGAGAUGCAAUCAAGAGUUUCCAUUAA